CAUACAAACAAUGCAUAUUUGUAGUGAUGUAUUGAAUGAUAUUGCGUCAUUCAACAGAUUUGAGCAAUUUCGCGUAAUCAUCAAGGAUAUUUCUAUUGUCUUAAUUUUUACAUUUUUACGGCAUGCAAGUGAAACCACGGAAACCAAAAUUAUAUUCUAUGUUUCAAGAGUUUUUAACAUUUCUAACCACGUUACCGAUGGGAGAAGGCGAUCAAUGUCUUGCUAUUUACUGAUUUUGGUGGAUUCAAUAACUGGCCUAUCACUAAAACGCUUGAAUUUUAAUCGCAAAAAGUAAGCUGUUUAAGUCAUGACAUUUGAAUUAGCAAAUCGAAGUAGAAGGCGCAAUGCUCAGGUAACUUGGCCUGGUCAAUUAUCAUCAACAUCUUUAGUGGGCAGCAAUUCUAAAAAUCGCAAAGAACAGAAAUUAAAGAGUUUGGAACGUUUUCGAAAAGCAGUUAGAAAACUGCAAAUCAUUCUUACAGCUAAUCCAAACCGGAAUAGAAACAUUGCCAUUCAAUUCGGUUACAAUUGCGAGGACGACAAACAGAGCUCAGAGUUGGCCUUUGAUGCCAGUUACUUCAAAGCAAAAGGACAGCGACAAUUAAGUACCGAAGUGAAGCAGACUUUAAUUAAGCUACCAGAAUAUCGGACAGAGGAAGACGUAAUUUCUGCAUUGGCUUCUUUACGCAUGCGUGUUGAACCAUUUCGAGAAUUUCCGAUAAAGAUGCAACAGUCAAUUGUCCGAGUCGGCUGGUUUGAAAGUUUUGAAGUAGGCAGGCUAAUAAUACGACAGGGACAUCGAGCCGAACAAUUCUACUUAAUACUCUCAGGAACAGCUGUUGUAAACGUUACAAGCAAGGAUCCAGAGACUGGAGACAAAAUAUCAAAUGACGUUGCGUACUUAAGAAAUGGAGACAGUUUUGGGGAGUUAGCAUUGAUUCACCAUGCUAAGCGCAACGCAAGCGUUAAGUGCCGGACUGACGUAGAGUUGCUGGCCAUUGACAGAAAGGAUUUCCUGGCGAUUUUCGUCCAGACCACACAACCGCCAGAGUUCUUAGGUUUCUUGCAUUCACUGGAGCAGCUUUCUGAUUGGCCAGUCAAUCUUCUACCAUUUCAUGAUCCAAACAUUUGUCUGUUCACAUACUUUCGCCGAGGGAACAUCAUCACACAUGACAGUGUUGAAUCAAAAUGGCUUUAUGUUGUAAAAUCAGGCACUUGCCGUAUUAUUAAACGAAUGGAUUAUUCAUUGUGUCUCGAUUGUUCUGUUGGAAAUCACAGAAAUAAUUUUAUCAAAAGAACAGCUGAACAAACAAACUGUCAAAGUUGUUUUAUUCAGUUGGGAAAACUAAAUGCGGGUGACAUAUUUGGUUUGUCAGAUUUGAUAUUCAAGGGAAUUUUUGUUCCAUUAUGUGCAGCACUUGUAUCAGAUGGAGCGGAAUGCAUCUUAAUUUCAAAACGAUUUUUCAACCAGCAUCUUUCAGAAGGUCUGCGAAAGCAUUUACUACGGACGAUACGCCCAUAUCCAAGCCCAGAGGCUCUCCAGCAACAAUUCCAUCUCAAUGCCGAAUGGGAAAGUUUUAAAAAAGUAACGUUGAUGAAAUCAAUCGAUAAAAUUAGGAGAAAAGAAGCACUGGGGUCUCCGAGAUAAUGCACAUCAUGUAUAAUGACUCCGGCUGAGGUGCGAGUAUUUUUGCAUUUUGUAAUAGUAUUCUGUUAUGGAAGUUGAGGGAUGGUUGACGUUGGUGGUCGGUGUAUUCGUCAUCGAUGUAUGGAGGCCUAUAGUGAUGUCGGCAACUGCAUUGCG